AUUAAUAUGAAAAUCAAACAAACCUAAUAAACAAAGACAAGAAGAAGAAGAAGAAGAAGAAAAAAGAGUAAUGGAAAAAUCAGAAGAAGAGAAGAGAAGAGGAGAAGAUACAUAUUAUUUGUACAGCCCUUGUUCUCUCUUUCAACAACUUAUCAAAGCUUGCUUCAAGUGCUUGGGUCGUGAAGAAGGUGAUGAUAAACACUCCACAACUCCUCCAGCCCAUCCAAAUUCUCCUUCAGGAACAGAAGGAGAAAAAGAAACGAAAAGAACUGAGGAAGAGAUUGGGGUGGAGCCCAGGGCAAUAACAGUCCCACAAAGGCCACCAAGGCCACCAAUAGACCCUGGAAGUGGUGGUCAAAUCAACUGAUCAUAGUAAUCUUCCUGGGUAAAUAGUAAUAUUUACUGUGUUUAAAGACUUCUAAGACUCUCAAAUUUUGUGAGUUUUAUAGUUUAAUUAGUACUGUUAGUUAAUUAAUUUGUUGAACUCUUCUUGGAUGGUGUAUAUAUAUAUAAUAUCAACCAUCUCCUGUG